CGGCCUCGAGGCGGCCGGUCACGCGGCUGUGACGAACACUGACGGGCUGCUUUGUCACAUAGUUUCGCUUUGCGGCGGCCGCGUGCGAGGCUGGAUGCUCGUCGCCUCGUGCUCUGUCUCGGGCACCUUUCGCCGCCAGCGCUGAACGAAAAAUAGCAAAAGCGAUCUCUGCUAAUUAAUAUUUUUGUCCGGGGAAAGUCAGGGCCGGACCGUGUUUCUCUUUCAGCGGAGCAGCUAGUCGCAGCUUUACGGUAACGCUGCACUCGGCGCCCCGCGCAGCUCAUCGGCAACUUUGGGUGGAGGAGGUUUAAACGGGAAAAGGGAUUCGACCCAAGUGCUCAAUGGCAGAAGUCGGAGGGACCGGGAGGAGACGGAGAGCAUCGAUCGAGACGAGAAUCUGAGCGGCUUUUCGUUUUCCGGUCGCGAGCACCGGGCCAUGGCGGAAGCGGACGAGCCGGUGGUGGAGGCAUCGCGAGCCCAGGGGCUCAUGAGGAGGCUCUACUCACGGGAUGACUGUCCCCUGUUGCCGGACGAGCUGGACGCUCUCACGCAGAACGAGGAUGAGCACCCCUUCAUGGUGGUCCACCGGCUGCGUGCGCUGAAAGAGGCUGGGGUGGCCCCGCUGCUCAAGGGGAAGCCGGUGACCUGCAGGGUGGACAACACAGAGCGAUACACCACACGCUCCAAGGUACGCGUGUGCACGCUGUACACGGUGCGCCUCAUGCACGGUGAGUUUACCUGGACGGUGAAGAGGAAGUACAAACACUUCCAGGAGCUGCACCGUGACCUAUUCAAGCACAAGAUAAUGAUCCACCUGCUGCCCCUGGGGAGGUUUUCCACCCAGAGACAGCAGCUGGAAGCUAUGACGGAGGAGAUGCCAUCUCUGCACGAUGCGGACAGGGUCCGCAGGGCAUCCAGCAAGCCGAAAUACCUGGAGGAGUACCUGAAUAACCUGUUGGAGAACUGCUUCUGCAGGAACUACCAUCGCAUGCUCGAGUUCCUGGAGGUCAGUCCUCUGUCCUUCGUCGGAGACUUGGGCCCUAAAGGAUUGGAGGGCUUCAUCCUUAAGAGGUCAGGGGGUCACCGCAUCCAGGGCCUGAACUGCUUUGGCCACCACCAGUUCUGCUUCCGCUGGUCACGCCGCUGGCUGGUGGUCAAGGACUCCUUCCUGCUGUACAUGAACCAUGAAGCGGAGGUCAUCUCCUUCGUGCUGCUCUUUGACCCCGAGUUCAAAGUCCUGGUGGGUAGAUGCUAUACAGACACCAAGCAUGGCGUGUGCAUCCAGAACUUCACCAGGACUCUGAUCAUCAAGUGCAGUAGCUACCGCCAGGCUCAGUGGUGGAGCCAUGAAAUCCAGAGGCUGGCCAAGCCGUGUGACUUCUUCAAGGUGCACCGCUUCCAGGGCUUCGCACCGCCCCGUGAGAAUACCCUCACUAAGUGGUAUGUGAACGGCAGCGAUUACUUUGCAGACGUUGCGUGGGCUUUGGACCAGGCCAAAGAGGAAAUCUUCAUCACGGACUGGUGGCUCAGCCCAGAGGUGCACCUCAAGAGACCGGCCACGAGUAACUACUGGCGGCUUGACCACAUACUGAACCGCAAGGCGGAGCAGGGUGUGAAGGUAUGUGUGCUGCUCUACAAGGAGGUGGAGCUGGCGCUCGGCAUCAACAGCGACUAUAGCAAGAGAGUGCUGAUGAACAUGCACCCCAACAUCAAGGUGAUGCGACAUCCAGACCACGUCUCUUCCAUCGUCUUCCUCUGGGCGCACCACGAAAAGAUGGUGGCCAUUGACCAGUCUGUGGCAUUUGUGGGCGGGAUUGACCUGGCCUUUGGGAGGUGGGACGAUAGCUCCUAUAGGCUGACCGACCUGCCGGCUCCAGGGGCACCCAAUCACGUUGAAGCACCAGAGGUCGGUGACGCAGUCAACCUCGGUUCUGGAGAGUCGGACAGCCGGCCGCAACCUGCAGAUGCUCGGGCGGCGGAGAAGGAAGACCUUUCUGGAAACGCUCAGCUGUGGCUGGGAAAAGACUAUAGCAACUUCAUCAACAAGGACUGGGUGCAGCUGGACCGCCCGUUCGAAGACAACAUCAAUCGCUCCCAGGUGCCCCGCAUGCCCUGGCGUGACCUUGCCGCAGUGCUCCAUGGGAAGGCGGCCCGCGAUGUGGCUCGUCACUUCAUCCAGCGCUGGAACUUCACCAAGAUCUUCAAGAGCAAAUACAAGGACAACUUCUACCCGUGUCUGCUGCCCAAAUCGCACAGCACCGCCGACUCGCUACCGUUCACCGUGCCAGGGACCAGCAGAGCGUCAGUACAGGUUCUGCGCUCCGUGGACCGCUGGUCGACCGGUACCUGUGAGAGCUCCAUCCAUAAGGCCUACGUGCACAUCAUCGAGAACAGCCAGCACUACAUCUACAUUGAGAAUCAGUUCUUCAUCAGCUGUGCAGAUGGGAAAACGGUGCACAAUGAGAUUGGAGACGCCAUUGUGAAGCGGAUCCUGCGCGCUCACAGUGAGCAACAGAAGUUCCGGGUAUAUGUGGUGGUGCCCUUGUUGCCAGGGUUUGAGGGUGACAUCAGUGCUGGAGGUGGCAAUGCCAUUCAGGCCAUCCUGCACUUCACUUACAGAACCAUGUGUCGUGGCGAGUUCUCCAUCCUGACCAGGCUGAAGGAGCAGAUGCAGGAACAGUGGACCCAGUACAUCUCACUGUGUGGUCUGCGCACACACUCCCAGCUUGGCCAGUCGCUUGUCACUGAGCUCAUCUACGUCCACAGCAAGAUGCUCAUCGCCGAUGACCGGCGCUACAUCAUCGGUUCAGCAAAUAUCAACGACCGCAGCAUGCUGGGGAGCCGGGACAGUGAGCUGGCAGUGCUAGUGGAGGAUGAGGAAACGGUGCUCUCCUGCAUGGGGGGGGCCGAGUACCAGGCAGGGCCCCUAACCCUGGCGUUGCGUAAAGAGUGCUUCAGAGUGCUCCUGGGUGUCGACUCAGAAUGCAGCGCAGAUAUCCAGGAUCCGGUCAGUGAGGAGUUCUUCCAGGAGGUGUGGAACAAGACUGCCGCCUCCAACGCCAGGAUUUACGAGACGGUGUUCCACUGCCUUCCCUCGAACUCUAUACGCAGCCUGCGUGCCCUGCGGGAGCUGAACCCUGGGGACCGCCUGUGUGAGACGGAACCCGAGCGAGCCAAGGAGGAGCUGGGGGCCGUGAGAGGACUCCUGGUGCACUUCCCCCUCAACUUCCUAUCCGAGGAGAACCUGCUCCCUCCACUCAGCAGCAAGGAACGCAUGGUUCCCAUGGAGGUGUGGACAUAAAAGGAAGGGUCUGAGCGCACCCUGCCGCCCGUCGCCACAACAGCGGUGGUGGCAAGCAAGAGGAGGUGCAUUGCAAGCUCGUCAUUUACAUGAUUAGAUGAUCUGAACGGAGACGGGGGAUUAACUGGUACUUCUUCGCACCUUGGCUCAUCACGUGGUGAUUUCUGUAAACACAGAGAAUGAUUUUCAACAGACAGUUGUGUCCUAUGUUCGUUGCCUCCACACACAGCAUUGACGUGUACACCAAAGGCACGAGUGGCCGCUUGUUUACAGCUGGUGCUGCUGACCUGAGGCGACCCCAGCUAUUCCCUACCUGCGACCGCUGCCCGAGCCAGCUCCCGAAACAUGGCACAUUUCACCGUUUGGCUCCAUGGUCUUGGGCCGCUCUUUCUACACAUUUUUCCGCAUCUUUGAGCCUCAAACAGCAAGCAUGUCGCAGCGUUGAGCACUCGUCCUUGUCUCGCACUGCUCACCUGCUCAACUGACCAUGCUGAAUGCCAUGCUGAAAUGGCAGACGCUGCUCGUCUGGAUUCGAGGCACUCGUCCCGAUGUAUGGUCCCAUAGGGAGCUCGGAGGGAAACGGAGGAAAGGGGGCAGGGGAUCAUGAGUCAAGCACUUGAGAAGAGAAUGGAACACAACGUAGCAUUAGCACUGCAGCGGUGUGGGCGGCUGCUCGCUCCCGCUUCCCCUGGCUGGGUGCACAGUGCCAGCCGAGCUGUCAGAACAUUCCUGGUUGUUAUGGUGACGGAUAUAAAGAGCAGGCUGCAUCGACGAUGGGAGACCAGGUCGGAGAUAGCGAGCGAGAAGGGAGGAAGACCAGCAUAUUCAGAGAGAGGGACACAGCGAGGAUGGGGUGGUGUAGAUGCUAUGUGGAAAUGGCUGAGGGGGCAGGACUACCAAGGAACAGAGGGAAGAAGCACUGGAGGGGGUCAGGAGAGGAGGAAAAAGGGCAAGAGUGAUGAAGGGGAAUCUGCUGUACAGUAAUCAUCAUGUCUUUUGCUGCUGUUACCUUGGCAACCAAGUGAAUUAUUGUUAUGUAACACUCUUUAUCGAUGGCCCAGAAUUCUCCAUAAUGUUCGGAGAGAUGGGAACAGGAUAAGGGUGUGAGCAAAAAAUAAAUGUAUGGGCCAAACUGUAUGGGCACAUUAAGAUAAGUUAUUUUUCCUACUAAUGUUACGUAACAUAUUCGGAGGGGGGUCUGACUGUAAUGUGUUGGUGUUGCUGAUGGGUUGUAUCAGUUGUCAAGUUAGUGGAUAUCCUGGCACCUUCAUUUAAAGUGAUUUGGAUAAAUGGCCAUGUCUUCCCAUAGCUACAGUUUGAUACCUGGAGCAAUCAGAUAAAACAGCCUGGUCUAGGGUCUGCAGGUCACACAUCAUGGGACUGAAACAGCAUCGUUUUGAGCUCCUUGACCACUGCACUACCAGCUGGAAAUUCAGACGUGUAAAAUGUCUUGAGGAAUAUGCAAAUUCUGUCGGUUAGCUGGGUUAUGGGGUGGGGGGGGGGGUGGUGUUCUUGGACAGUGGACUGUAACUCUGGGCUGGUGCUGUAAAACAAGUCCAUCUAUACAGUCCAGCUGCAUUUAAUCUAGAGAUAACCACUUUUAGCUUUGUAAAAGGUCAUCUGACUUUUUAUAUUAAAAUACAUUAGUCAUCGAUGUAAUUAUUUACUGUUGUAAGGCUUCUCAACAGUGAUGUUACCACAAAUGAAAAUGUUUCAUCUUUUACCUUUAGUUACAUGUAUGUCAUCCUUACCUGCACCAUUUACACAUUAUUUGUGUCAUAGUGAACUCACCUGUGAUCUGACAAUACUUCUUUUUGCCUGUUUUCUUGCUCUAAUUGUUUUCCAUAUUGUUCUUAAGUUCAUUAUGUAUUUUAUUCGAUAGACAACUUUGUAAUACAGAGAGAUCCGUUUGUCUUCACACACAGUUAAGAAUGGAUACAUACACAUCUUGCAUACAGUGUGUAACACUAAGCAGCUAUUAAAAUUAACUUUCUCUUGCA